AUGCCGUCGUACUGGGGAGAGCUGCCUGGCCAGUCCCAGCCUGCCCGGGGCCCUGGGGACCUCAUCCCGGGGGUGGGGGAGAUGCGGGCUGUGGAGGUCAAGGAACCCCCCCUUCACCAGCCCUCAGCCGUGCACAAACCCCCUUUCACAGAACUGCCUCCAGAACAGUGUAACCUGACGAUACACACCAUCCAACUGGCACAACAUGUCCGCAGACUCCGCUCCAUGUUACAGUUGGUCCAGGCACAACAGGCAACGCAGGACGGCACAGUCGAGGACCCGUCCUACCCCCCUCUGCCCCAGGAACCCCCUCCCCCCGAGAGCUUUGACGAGCAGAGAACGCCUGGUCCGCUCAGCUUCACACCCAGGGACCCAGACAGUGAGUUCAUGCGAGGUUUUGGAGAGACUCCAAGUGAGCUGAGUUCUGCCUCCUGUUGGCAGCUGCUGAGGAAAGCUGUGGGGACGAUCUGCGCUCACUCUGGAUGGGAGAGUGCGAACGAGUCAGCGUUGGACACCCUGACGGACAUCGCACACGAGUACAGCGCGACCUUCUGCAGGUCACUCCGAGCAGCCGUCGACCAGGAGGCUCGGACUGGAACUACAGACUUCCCGGAUGUGAUGGAGCAGGUGUUCCAUGAGAUGGGUGUUGGCAGCAUCACGUCCCUGCAGACGUUCUGGCAGACGCGGAUGGUGGAUUACCACGGCUUCCUGCAGCAGCAGAGCAGACAGCUGGCCGAGGAGUACGAACGGGUCACGAACCCAGACAGACCCAGUGCAGAGGAUGUUAAGCCUGUCAGAGUUAAGGAGGAGCCGUUCUCAGACAUCCAGUUCCCCCUGGCAGCUGAGGAGGAGCAUCAGGAAGAGACAGAUGCUCCGGAGCAGCCUCCGCUCCACUUCCCCAGCCUGAGUCACUCCCUGGAGCACCUGGAGCAGUCUAAGACAUGUUUCUUGUUCCUUACAGCCUAA